AUGAUUAAUUAUAAAAUUUUAGCUUGUUUAGUCGCGAUUGCACCAAUUUCCGUUUAUUAUUUGCGUUUUUUAUUAAGAAAGAGUAAAAAUGAAUCAUUAAAUGAAGUUUAUUGGACAAAUCAUUUAAGCAAUAAGUGUGAAAGUGAUAAGUGUAAUUUAAAUUAUUGUACAAUGUAUAGAAACGCACAAUUGAAAAAAUUAAUUGAAAACGCAAAAUAUUCCAUUGAUUUAGCAAUGCACAUUUUUACUUCACUAGAAUUAUCUGAUGCAAUAUUGCAAGCAUUUAAAAGAAAUAUUCGCGUUCGUAUCAUAUGUUGCAAUUUACAACACGGUUCGACUGGUUCCCAAGUAUGGAAUUUAUACGAUGAAGGAAUUGCUGUAAGAUUUCAAAAAGUUAAUGGAGAGCAACUAAUGCAUCAUAAGUUUUGUAUUAUCGAUGGUAAAAAUCGUGUCAGUGUUUUAAGAAAAACUUCUGAGGUGGGACUAAAAAAUGAACCAAAUUCAAUAUUAAUGUCAGGAUCUUGUAACUGGACGCGUCAGGGACUUUAUUCAAAUUGGGAAAAUAUUGUGGUGACUUCUGAGAGAAAACUUAUUGAUUCUUUUGAAAAGGAAUUUGAAUUAAUGUGGAAUGAAUUUCGUCCACAGAAAUAA